GCAAUAUUGUGCGCCGGUGAAGCACAAAUCCGGCGACUGACUUGACCCAGUCCUGUUGCCCAGUGUUUUGGAGUAGUUUAGUGCUGUGAGCUGUGAAUUCAUGUAUACUAAGUCCGUUUUGUUUACUUAAACCACACAGUAGGCUGGUUAGUGUAGUUUUGCGAUAUUAGGAAGGGGCUUGCUCAAAUCAAAUCAUGGCUUAUAUUCAGGUUUUGAAGGUCCUGCACCGAAAUCUGCAGCACAGAGCACCACAGGUCAGAGUGCUUAUCCAGACGCACAGGAGAGUGUCAACAUUAUCAAGACUGGCCUUACACAGUGGACUAGAGGCUAAUUCGCCUGUGCUAAGCUGCUUAAUACAAACACACAGACGGCGGGGUAUUUGUCUCGACUUUACAGCCAGAAAUAAAAGCAGCCCCGAGGACCGAGACAGGUCAGUGUCCAAGUACCAGAGUGGGAGUCCAAAGCCUUCAGCUGCACAAAAAGUGAAAGAAGCUGGCAGGGACUUCACCUACCUGAUCGUGGUACUCAUCGGGCUUGGAGUGACAGGUGGGCUGCUGUAUGUGGUGUUCCAAGAGCUGUUUUCAUCCGCGAGUCCAAAUAAAGUGUAUGGAAGAGCCUUCGAUAAAGUCAAGUCACACCCAGAAGUGAUUGGUGCAUUUGGUGAGCCAAUCAAAUGUUACGGGGAGACCACCCGUCGAGGAAGGAGGCAGCAAGUCAGUCAUAUCGAGUACCUGAAGGAUGGAAUGAAGCAUAUGAGACUUAAGUUUUACAUUGAGGGCUCGGAGCCGGGAGUGAAGGGGACAGUGCAUACAGAGUCUAAAGAGAAUCCUGAAACUGGAAAAUAUGAGUUUCGUUAUAUAUUUGUGGACAUGGACGUCUACCCAAGACGGACCAUUAUUGUGGAAGAUAACAGAUAAGGACCAUAAGACGUGUGAUUCAGCGUUAUGGAAGCAUGAGGAGUGUGUGUCAGAUGUGCUGCUGGACAGAAAAGCUGGAGAAUUUGCCUUCACAUACUGUCAGAGGCUGUUAAACAAUUACAGCUUUGGUGUAGAGCCUUGCAAAGCAGAGAUCAAAGGAUCACGUGGCCCCAUGCUACUAAUUUAUAAAUGUUUGUUUUUUGACUAGAUUGUGAUCUUGAUUUUGAAAUAAUAUCUUAAAUUUGAAUACAAUAAAACACUUGGGAACAAA